AUGUCCAAAUUAAUUCUUUUUUGCUGUGUACUUCAUAACCUUUGUAUUGAUAAUGAAGAUUUAUUGAACGAUUCAUUGCCGGAAAGUGAAAUUGUUUACGAAAAUAAUAAUGAUAACAAUAACAAGAGAUAUUAUUCUUCAUUAACUUCUGAAAUGCCAAUUCCAAAGCGAACUUUUGACAUAAAACUAUCAUCAAAUCCAAUAGCAAACUUUGAAGUACCUGCGACUGGAUGUUCAGUAGUUAGUGUUGACUUUCUACUAGAAGUUGUUGGAUUAGAUGGAGAUUUAGCCGCAGCUAUCAGUGAUUCAGAAGAACUGACGAAAUUAGUAGAUCGAAUUUCAGACCGUUGUUCAUGGAUAAAAAUAUUUUCGGGAUCAACAUCUUCAGAUUGA